AUGCUGGCAAGGAAACGGGCGCUUUUCUGGUUCCAGCCGGGACAAUUACAUCCCCGGAACGUUUGUUUCUGUGCUUUCUGGUAUCCGGAUUCUAUUGGGCGUUGCGCUAUAGCGGAGGUGGUUGCCAAGGCGACGCUAGGGAAGAUGGCUGCGACGUCUUCAGCGGAUUCCGACAGAUCGGGUAAUGGUGAAGCCUUUGGAGCUCCCACUUACGACCCUCUGUGUUUUCCAGCUCUGGCAGAUUUGCAUGGCGAUGGGGAAUACAAGCUGGUGGUGGGAGACCUUGGCCCAGAUGGGCAGCAGCCCCGCCUGAAGGUGCUCAAAGGACCAACGGUGCUGACCGAAAGCCCACUGCCUGCCCUGCCAGCCUCUGCUGCCACCUUCCUCAUGGAGCAACAUGAGCCCAGGACGCCAGCCCUGGCUCUCGCUUCAGGGCCAUGUGUCUAUGUGUAUAAGAAUCUUAGACCCUACUUCAAGUUCAGCCUGCCCCAGUUACCUCCAAACCCUCUGGAACAAGAUCUUUGGAACCAAGCCAAAGAGGACCGGAUUGACCCCUUAACCCUGAAGGAGAUGCUGGAGGACAUCCGGGAAAAGGCGGAGGUACCUUUGUCUGUACAGUCACUCAGGUUUCUGCAGCUGGAGCUGAGUGAAAUGGAGGCAUUUGUGAACCAGCACAAAGCCAAGGUUAUCAAGCGGCAGACAGUCAUCACCACCAUGACCACCCUGAAGAAAAACCUGGCUGAUGAGGAUGCGGUGUCAUGCCUGGUGCUGGGCACUGAGAACAAGGAGCUCCUAGUGCUUGACCCUGAGGCCUUCACCAUUUUGGCCAAGAUGAGCCUGCCCAGUGUCCCUGUCUUUCUGGAGGUUUCCGGCCAGUUUGAUGUGGAGUUCCGGCUGACUGCUGCCUGCCGAAAUGGGAGCAUCUAUAUCCUGAGGAGAGACUCCAAACACCCCAAGUAUUGCAUCGAGUUGAGUGCCCAGCCUGUGGGGCUGGUCCGGGUAUACAAGACCCUGGUGGUGGGCAGCACCCAGGAGAGUCUGCAUGGCUUCACCCACAAGGGUAAGAAGCUGUGGACAGUGCAGAUGCCUGCAGCCAUCCUGACCAUGAACCUCCUGGAGCAGCGUUCCCGGGGCCUGCAAGCAGUCAUGGCUGCUCUGGCCAAUGGAGAAGUCCGAAUUUACCGUGACAAGGCCCUGCUUAAUGUCAUCCAUGCCCCUGAUGCAGUAACCAGCCUUUGCUUUGGCCGAUAUGGGCGAGAAGACAACACCCUCAUCAUGACCACUCGGGGUGGUGGCCUGAUCAUCAAGAUCCUGAAACGUACAGCAGUGUUUGUGGAAGGGACAGGUGAGACGGGCCCACCACUAGCACAGACCACAAAACUCAAUGUGCCCCGAAAGACGCGGCUGUACGUGGAUCAGACCUUGAGAGAGCGGGAAGCUGGCACAGCCAUGCACCGAACCUUCCAGACAGACCUCUACCUGUUGCGCCUGCGGGCUGCCAGAGCCUAUGUACAGGCCCUGGAGUCCAGCCUGAGCCCCAUGUCAAGCACAGCUCGGGAGCCACUCAAGCUGCAUGCUGUG